UGUCCAGCCUCCACCGCCAUUGCAGGUCCAGGGAGGUGUAGUGGCAGCCAGUCUAACCCAGGGUAGCCCGUAAGGAAACAGUCUAGGGACAAAUAGAAAGUAACACCAGAUUGACACCUCGUAUUAAGUAAAAUUUAGAGUUUAGACUGUAGAUUAGCGACCCCUUCACGGCCCGGCUAGCAUCUGAGAGAAAGAAGUAGUGGGUUAGCAUUUGAAGAAACCGGAGGAGAGUGAGAGGCACCGCCAUGGCUCAAAUCCUUCCUAUUCGCUUUCAGGAGCACCUGCAGCUCCAAAACCUGGGCAUCAAUCCGGCUAACAUUGGCUUCAGUACCCUCACCAUGGAGUCAGACAAGUUCAUCUGUGUGCGGGAGAAGGUGGGUGAGCAGACGCAGGUGGUGAUCAUUGACUUGGCCGACCCCAAUACCCCCAUCCGCAGGCCCAUUUCAGCCGACAGCGCCAUCAUGAACCCUGCCAGCAAGGUCAUUGCACUCAAAGCGGCCAAAACUCUUCAGAUCUUCAACAUUGAGAUGAAGAGUAAGAUGAAGGCGCACACGAUGACGGACGAUGUGACCUUCUGGAAGUGGAUCUCCCUGAACACAGUGGCUCUGGUGACGGACACGGCCGUGUACCACUGGAGCAUGGAGGGUGAUUCGCAGCCUGUCAAAGUCUUCGACCGCCACUCCAGCCUUGCGGGUUGCCAGAUCAUCAACUACCGCACCGAUGCCAAGCAGAAAUGGCUUCUGUUAAUUGGUAUUUCAGCACAGCAAAAUCGUGUGGUUGGAGCAAUGCAGCUUUACUCUGUAGACAGAAAGGUUUCUCAGCCCAUUGAAGGCCACGCUGCCAGUUUUGCCCAGUUCAAGAUGGAGGGCAAUGCAGAGGAAUCCACACUGUUCUGCUUUGCUGUCCGAGGCCAGGCUGGAGGAAAGUUGCACAUCAUUGAAGUCGGAGCCCCACCAACUGGAAACCAGCCAUUCCCAAAGAAGGCCGUAGAUGUUUUCUUCCCUCCAGAAGCACAGAAUGACUUCCCAGUGGCAAUGCAAAUAAGUGGCAAACACAAUGUGGUUUUCCUCAUUACCAAAUAUGGCUACAUCCACCUGUAUGACCUAGAGACUGGCACCUGCAUCUACAUGAACCGCAUCAGCGGCGAGACCAUCUUUGUCACAGCUCCUCAUGAGCCGACCUCGGGCAUUAUCGGAGUCAACAGAAAGGGACAGGUGCUUUCUGUCUGUGUGGAGGAGGAGAACAUCAUUCCCUACAUCACUAAUGUGCUACAAAACCCAGACCUGGCUCUACGUUUGGCUGUACGCAACAACUUGGCAGGUGCUGAAGAGCUCUUUGCGCGCAAGUUCAACAACCUGUUUGCUGCUGGAAACUAUUCAGAAGCUGCUAAAGUGGCUGCUAACGCUCCAAAGGGUAUUCUUCGUACUCCAGACACCAUUCGACGAUUCCAGAGCGUUCCAACUCAGCAAGGCCAGACCUCUCCACUUUUACAGUACUUUGGGAUUCUUCUGGACCAGGGCCAGCUCAACAAGUUUGAGUCUCUGGAGCUGUGCAGGCCUGUGCUGCAGCAAGGGCGAAAGCAGCUUCUGGAGAAGUGGCUGAAGGAAGACAAGCUGGAGUGUUCAGAAGAACUGGGUGACCUAGUGAAAGCAGUGGACCCCACCCUGGCUCUUAGCGUCUACCUGAGAGCAAAUGUCCCCAACAAAGUCAUUCAGUGCUUUGCAGAGACUGGACAGUUUCCCAAGAUUGUACUGUAUGCAAAGAAGGUUGGAUAUACACCUGACUGGAUCUUUCUGCUGAGGAAUGUGAUGAGAAUAAACCCAGAGCAGGGACUGCAGUUUGCCCAGAUGCUUGUUCAGGAUGAGGAGCCUUUGGCCGACAUCACACAGAUUGUGGACGUGUUCAUGGAGUACAACCUGAUCCAGCAGUGCACUUCCUUCCUCCUCGAUGCGCUGAAGAACAACCGUCCCUCAGAAGGACCGCUGCAGACCCGCCUCCUGGAGAUGAACCUGAUGCAUGCUCCUCAGGUCGCUGAUGCCAUCUUGGGCAAUCAAAUGUUUACCAACUAUGAUCGUGCCCACAUUGCCCAGCUGUGUGAAAAAGCCGGGCUACUGCAGAGGGCAUUGGAGCACUACACUGACCUGUAUGACAUCAAGCGCGCUGUGGUGCAUACGCACCUACUCAACCCAGAGUGGCUGGUGAACUUCUUCGGUUCCCUAUCGGUGGAGGACUCUCUGGAGUGCCUGAGGGCCAUGUUAUCGGCCAACAUCCGUCAGAAUCUGCAGAUCUGUGUCCAGGUGGCAUCCAAAUACCAUGAGCAGCUCACUACACAGGCCCUGACUGAGCUGUUCGAGUCUUUCAAGAGCUUUGAAGGUUUGUUUUACUUCCUGGGCUCCAUUGUGAACUUCAGUCAAGAUCCUGAGGUGCACUUCAAAUACAUCCAGGCCGCAUGCAAGACGGGUCAGAUCAAAGAGGUGGAGAGGAUCUGCAGAGAGAGCAACUGCUACGACCCAGAGCGCGUCAAGAACUUCCUGAAGGAGGCCAAACUGACAGACCAGCUCCCACUGAUCAUCGUUUGUGAUCGUUUUGACUUUGUCCAUGACCUGGUUCUGUAUCUGUAUCGCAACAACCUUCAGAAGUACAUUGAAAUCUAUGUGCAGAAGGUGAAUCCCAGCCGUCUACCUGUUGUGGUUGGAGGUCUUUUAGAUGUGGACUGCUCUGAAGAUGUCAUUAAGAGUCUGAUCCUUGUAGUCAGAGGACAGUUCUCCACUGAUGAACUUGUGGCUGAAGUUGAAAAGCGAAACAGACUGAAGCUGCUGCUGCCUUGGCUUGAGUCUCGUAUCCAUGAAGGUUGUGAGGAGCCAGCUACCCAUAAUGCUUUGGCUAAGAUUUACAUUGACAGCAACAACAAUCCUGAGCGUUUCUUGAGAGAAAACCCGUACUACGACAGCCGCGUGGUCGGAAAAUACUGCGAGAAGAGAGACCCCCAUCUAGCGUGCGUGGCAUAUGAGAGAGGCCAGUGCGACCAGGAACUGAUCAAUGUUUGCAAUGAGAAUUCUCUGUUCAAAAGUUUGUCUCGUUACCUGGUUCGUCGCAAAGACCCAGAUCUUUGGGCCAGUGUUCUCCUGGAGACCAACCCCUACCGACGACCACUUAUUGAUCAGGUUGUGCAAACAGCAUUGUCAGAAACCCAAGACCCAGAGGAGGUCUCGGUCACAGUGAAGGCCUUCAUGACAGCUGACCUGCCCAAUGAGCUUAUUGAGCUCCUGGAGAAGAUUGUAUUGGAUAACUCUGUCUUCAGUGAACACAGAAAUCUUCAGAACCUGCUGAUUCUGACAGCAAUCAAAGCAGACCGCACACGUGUGAUGGAGUACAUUAACCGAUUGGACAACUAUGAUGCUCCUGAUAUUGCUAAUAUUGCAAUUAGCAAUGAACUGUUUGAGGAGGCCUUUUCCAUCUUUAAGAAAUUCGAUGUCAAUACUUCAGCUGUACAGGUGCUUAUUGAACACAUUGGCAAUUUGGACAGAGCAUAUGAGUUUGCAGAGCGCUGUAAUGAACCGGCUGUCUGGAGCCAGUUGGCAAAGGCCCAACUGCAGAAGGGUUUGGUGAAGGAGGCUAUUGACUCCUACAUCAAAGCUGAUGAUCCUUCUGCUUAUAUGGAGGUGGUGCAGGCUGCGGAUAAGAGUGGAAACUGGGAGGACUUGGUCAAAUUUCUUCAGAUGGCACGUAAAAAGGCCCGUGAAUCAUAUGUGGAGACAGAGCUGAUCUUUGCUUUGGCAAAAACAAAUCGCCUGGCAGAACUCGAAGAGUUUAUUAAUGGACCGAACAAUGCACACAUCCAACAGGUUGGUGACAGGUGCUACGAUGAAAAAAUGUACGAGGCAGCCAAGUUGUUGUACAACAAUGUCUCCAACUUUGGCCGCUUGGCCUCCACUCUGGUGCACCUCGGGGAGUAUCAGGCCGCUGUGGAUGGCGCUCGAAAGGCCAACAGCACUCGCACCUGGAAAGAGGUGUGCUUCGCCUGUGUGGACGGUCAAGAGUUUAGGCUGGCCCAGAUGUGUGGCCUCCACAUUGUGGUGCAUGCUGACGAACUGGAGGAGCUCAUCAACUAUUACCAGGACCGGGGUUACUUUGAGGAGCUGAUCACCAUGCUGGAGGCCGCCCUUGGCUUGGAACGUGCGCACAUGGGCAUGUUCACAGAGCUAGCCAUCCUUUACUCCAAGUUUAAGCCCCAGAAGAUGAGGGAGCAUCUGGAGCUGUUCUGGUCCAGGGUGAACAUCCCUAAAGUCCUGAGGGCAGCAGAACAAGCACAUCUGUGGGCGGAGCUCGUCUUCCUCUAUGACAAAUAUGAAGAGUUUGACAAUGCCAUCAUCACCAUGAUGAACCACCCCACAGACGCCUGGAAGGAGGGACAGUUUAAAGACAUCAUUACCAAGGUUGCAAAUGUGGAACUGUACUACAAAGCCACCCAGUUUUAUUUGGAGUUCAAACCGUUGUUACUGAAUGAUUUGCUCAUAGUGCUUUCACCGAGACUGGAUCACUCCCGUGCCGUCAACUUUUUCUCUAAGGUUAAACAGCUGCCUUUGGUUAAACCAUACCUGCGUUCAGUGCAGAACCACAACAACAAAUCAGUCAAUGAAGCACUUAACAACCUUUUCAUUGUAGAGGAGGAUUAUCAAGCUCUUAGAACGUCAAUAGAUGCUUACGACAACUUUGACAACAUCUCACUGGCCCAGCGCUUAGAAAAACACGAGCUGAUUGAGUUCAGAAGAAUCGCUGCCUACCUCUUCAAGGGCAAUAACCGCUGGAAACAGAGUGUAGAGCUUUGCAAGAAGGACAAGCUCUACAAGGAUGCCAUGCAGUAUGCCUCUGAAUCUAAAGACACAGAGCUGGCUGAGGAGCUGCUGGCCUGGUUCCUACAGGAGAAUAAGAAGGAGUGUUUCGCUGCCUGCCUCUUCACAUGCUAUGACCUCCUACGGCCAGAUGUGGUGCUAGAGACUGCAUGGAGGCACAACAUCAUGGACUUUUCUAUGCCAUAUUUCAUCCAGGUCAUGAGAGAAUACCUCAGCAAGGUAGAUAAACUAGAGACUUCUGAGUCCCUGAGGAAAGAGGAAGAGCAGGCAACAGAGACACAACCCAUUGUUUAUGGCACACCACAACUGAUGAUUACGGCAGGCCCCAGUGUCCCUGUGGCUCCUCAACAAGCCUACGCAUAUGGUUACCAGGCCCCUGCAGGCUAUGCUCAGCCAGCUGCUCAGCCAGGCUUUGGUUAUGGCAUGUAGAGCUACCAUCCAUCACCCACAGUCCUUCACCAGACCUCUCUGCCUUUUCAGGAUACAAAACAUUACACCUACAUUAUUUUUAUUUUGUACUUUACCCCUUUUGCUAUGAAGGACUUUUUUUCUGUUGAAUCACAAAGAUUAAUAAUUUCUCACAUUCCAUAUUGACUAGAUUAUUUUUCUUCUGUCAUUUUUGAAUGGAAAAUGGUUUGUGUACAUUGGGGAGGGGGGCUUUUGGAAGAGCGAGUCCUCUUCAGUCUAAAAGGUCUGUUGUGAAGCAUCUGAUUUGCACUCUGUAGUAAGAAGAAAUGUAGAACCUCUUGAUGUGUGAGCAGCUUUUUCUGUCCACCUGUAAAAUUCAUUUAUUAUUGUAUAUUCAGAUGAUUUGUAUUUGAAUAUAAAACUGCCGCUUCAAGUACAAUCCUGAAACACUACGUUUUAUCUUCACUUGCUUCACGGCAUUUGACACCCAAUUUUAAUAGAAAGUAUAUAUUUCAGCAAUGCCUGUGCAAGAUGUUCAUAGCAUCUGCUUUCAUAUUUGAUUGUACUUUGAAAUACUGCUUGUAUUUGGAUGCGUUCCACUUGGGCAUAGACAACAAACCACUCUGACUGACGCGCUCAGCCCCCUUUCCACCGCAGUUUGUUUCUGCUGGAUAUCACAUGAUCCUGUUGUCUGGGUUGCAAGAAAGAUUUCUGAAAACUUUUGCUUUUAUCUUGUUCAGUUGACCAACACAUUCAAUGUCACUGCAGGUCAUGUGGUUAUUUGAAGUUUUUAUCAGAAUGGCUUGUGUGUAUACAGAAAAAUUGUUGAUUAACUUUGGACUUAUAUUCUUAUCUGGAUUACUUUAGAAUAAACAGUGCACUUAUAAGAAGUGAUUGUGCAUAAUCAGGAUUAUAUUGAAUGAAACUGCAGUUUUGUUUUCCACUUGAAAAUAAAGGCUUCUUGUUUGUCA